CGGUAAACCCAAUCGACGGAACGGAAGGGCCCCGGGCGCUCCUAAGACAGUCUAGUUCUCUCCGAUCUCCGGCCUAUCCGUCAGUCCUUUCCUAACCGUGGAAGUGAUAACUCCUGCUUGCGGUGAAGCAGUGCGUUUUGUGUAGUGUCUGUGUAUUGUAUUGUAGUGAGAAGUUAUGGCUGCGUUCUCCGAUUUGAAUACGUGGGGCAUGAACUUCAAUUAUCCGUACUGGAGGGCGGCGGAAACCGCGGAAAACACCAUGGAGUCUCCGAGAAAAUUUAAUGACUGCUACUUUUACUACUAUUCUACUUGUACCAAGGGAGACAACUGCGUAUUCCGCCAUGAACCAUCUGCCCUGGGCUGCGAGACGAUGUGCACGGCGUGGCAGCAAGGCAAGUGCCUGGACAAGCGCUGCAAGUUGCGCCACAUGGAGCUAAGGAAAAACCGCAAGCAGAUCCCUUGCUACUGGGAGAACCAGCCCGGAGGCUGCCGCAAGAAGCAUUGCCCCUUCAUGCAUAAGAACCCGGACGCGCGCACCGAUGGCAUCGCGCCGAGCCAGCCCGCCCCCCCUGUACCAGUCAACGCCGCCAGCAGCUUGCCCGAGGGCGUCGAGCCAGUGCCCAUGGGCAUGGCGCCGUCCGUGCCCGCGCCCGCGCCAGCGCCCGCGCCGGUGCCGCUCCUGUGGCAGCAACAACGCCAAGUAGUGCUGGACUCUGCCAUUCUGGGCGUGCUGCCGGCUUCAUCCGAGCUCCUCGGGCGGCGCGUGAUGCCGCCGCAUGACGCGGGCUACGCAGCCCUGCCUGUGGACCCGCUCGUCGUCAACUUCGAGGAAGAGUCCGACAAUGAAAGCGCCCCCUCGUCCACGCCCACCAAGACCGUGUCGCCCGACGACGCGCAGCGCAUCGCGCGCUCCAAGUCGCAGGAGCUGCUCCUCCUGGAGAGGAUCCAGGCCGAGGCCGCCGCCUUCUACAGCUACGACGCGCUGCCCGCCGAACCCUCCAAGGACCGCAAAAUAGUGCGCACCAACCUCAACACCAAGUACGAUAGGCUCUCGCUCGACGAGAUCUCAGGUAAAAAGCAACAGCCGGUCGCCGAGCGACGCAACUCGCUAGAUUUCAAGGUCCUGUCUCUGGACGAAAUCCGCGCCCGAAAGAAAGAAACUAUCGUCCACCCCACACCGAUCACUCUCAACCUGAGUCGCAAACGUAAAUCGUCCACGCAGGAGACCAUUGAAACCACUUCGGGCAAUAAAAUCAUCAAAGUGGUCAGAAGCAACUCUAUAGUGUAUAAGAAAGUCGAUCACAAUGCGCCAGUCGUUUCGAGCACCACUAAGGUGGAUCAAAAACCAAACGAAGAAAAUGUCGGCAGGAAACGAACGAUUUCUGAAAUAAGCGACAUGUACGAAAUACAAGAUGAUGAAUUAGUCGACAAUUGCUUCGAAUUCAAGAGAAUCAAAGUAAACGAGCAAACGACUAAGCCUAGACUCAUUAGAAAUAGUAGCAUCAACAAGGACAACAAUGAAAGUAAAGAUGAUGAAGUAGAUUCUAGCACUAAUGUAGAUAAUGAUUCUGAUUCGGAAGUACAAAUUGUGAAUGUUGAAUUCAACAACCAAAAUACUGAUGUGAGUGCAAUUUCUGAUACUGAAAUAAUUGAUGUGGAUUCUACCAGAAUAGGUGAUCCCGUAGCCAUAGUGGAUUUGAGUGAUGAUGAUGAUGAUAGUGACGAAAUUACCAUAUCUGAUCUAGACUUAGAAUUAGUUAAAAACGUCCCAGAUGUGGUAGCUAGUUGUCAGAGGAAUGCAAACAAGGCGGAUAGUGAAGGCAAGGACCUGAUUAGUAGUAUCGAUUCGCUUUUAGAUGACGACUUAUGAUUUUUUUAAAUAGGUCGCGGGACGCGGGUUGUGUUCAUAAUCGAAAAAAUAGAAAAGACUACAAAUUUACAUGUAGGCUACAAGUUUAGGACGUGUUUCUACCUGGCAAAAGAGAGUAGAGUUACGUUGCAAUUUUCUAUCUUUAAGAACUUGUUUCGUUUCAUUUGUCUUGUAUUUAGGUACUUAUAUUAGGAGAAUUUCAGGCAAUAAGCUUGUGUGCAAUAAAGUUAUGUAAGUUAAUUAAGAUAUUAGAGGUCGAUAGAUCUUCUCUAAUAUUUACCCUGUUUAGAACAGGAAGUAGGGCUGCAGCCUUUUGCAUUAUUAAGGCUUUUUAUUUUAUUGUGAAAUAACUUUCAGUAAGGUUUUGAUAUUUUGAAGUUAUCUAUCACAUUUACUUAGACAUAAGUUUCAUUCUUUUGAGUACAAACAAAAUCUUCAAUUUCGGGAGAUAUAAAAACAAAUACAUACGUAAUGUUGUUUAUGUAUGUAAAUAUUAUUUUAAGAGCAGUACAAAGGUGCAUAGGUUGAACAUUGGUCUGUUUAAAAAUAAAAAUAAUUAGUUUCUGCUCUUUUUUGCCAUGUUACAGUUUAAGAAAAGUUACUGAGGUACUGGUAGCUGUAGUAUGGUAAAAGCUUUAAUUAAUUAUAUGAGAUUGUACAUAAUUA